AUCUUCUUGGGAGUGUUGGAAUUUUGGGAUUAUCUUCUUGGGAGUGUUGGAAUUUCAAUUGGUAUCAGAGCCUGUUAAGCUUAAAUUAUUAGCUUUCAACGAUCACAAAUCAUGGGAGACAUGGAGGAAGGAGCCAGUGUUUCCAGGCCACCCCUGCUGCGUUGUCACAACUACAACUUCUGGAAAGGGCGUAUGAGGGCAUUCUUGAAAUCACAAGGAGGAGGAGUAUGGAGGACUGUGGAAACUGGCUGGACAGAACCAAUCAAGUACUCAGAUGACCUGACUACGUCAACUAUCAAGAAAUUUGAAGACUAUAGUAGAGCUGAAGUCCUCGCUGCUGAACAUAAUGACAAAGCUCUAAAUGCUAUUUUUGGUGCAGUUGAUGCAACACAAUACCGUCUCAUAUCAAACUGUAUUAGUGCAAAGGAAGCAUGGGAUAUUCUUGAAGUCACACAUGAAGGUGAUGAGAAGGUCAAAAUUGCAAAGUAUCAGAUUCUCAUGACACAAUAUGAAAAUUUGCGAAUGGAUGAGAAAGAAAUUAUUGUAGAAUUCCAUGGAAGAGUCCGUGACCUUGCAAAUCAAGCAGCCAGAUUACAAGAGCUGUUUCCAGAAUCAAAACUUGUUCUAAAAGUGCUGAAAUCACUACCAGAGAGGUUUGAUAUGGAUGUCAAGGCAAUCUCUCAAUCACAUGAUGCAAAGAAGAUGACUCUUGAUGCUUUGAUGGGUAAUCUGGAAAUAAUCGAAUCAAAUAUGAAAGAGGAUAGCAAGAGACGAAAACCUGAGAAGCAAAUCGCCUUUCUAGGAACAGAUCUGGAGGGUGAUAGUGAAGAUGUUUUAGCAUUUGAUGAAGAAUUUCAAGAACAGCUGUCCCUAUUCACAAAGCAGUUCAAAAAGAAGUGGAUUCAAAAGAAGGGAAAGAAUCCAAUUCAAGAAGGACCUUCUAAGACAUCCACUUUCAGGGAGUCACGUUUCAAAGAAGGAAAGUCCUAUGAUAACAGCUCCAAGUACAAAGGGCCGCUGUGCUUUGAAUGUGGUGGUCAUGGGCAUAUCCAGACUGAAUGUACAAACAACCUUAAAAAGAAGAGACAAGCAUUUUCAAUAACCUGGAGUGAUGAGGAUACUGACGAAGAUCAAGGUUGUGAAGAAAGCAUUUGUGCUUUUAUCUCACAAUCAGAGUCAGACGAUCUAGUUGAGCAACACAUGGAUCUUCAAGAAAAGUGGACUGAACUGCUUAUGGUUAACAGAAGAAAUAUAGCGGAAAAAAAUCAGCUGACAUUUGAUCUAAAGGUUCUGAAGCAGAAUCUAGAAAAAGCAGAAACAGAUAAUGCAGAUCUGAAGUUUGAACUGCAAAAGCUCAAGGACUACAUUAAGUGGAUGAAGAUAGCUGGAGCUGAAGUACUGGAUGCACAAGAAUUACUGUUCAAAGCACCUAGAGAUAGACAAGGAAUUGGUUGUGAUAGCAACACGAAAACAAAUAAUCCACUCGAAGAAGAUAGUGUGAAAAUUGCUAAGAACAUCAGAAACAGCUAUUACCGAGCAGUAAAACCAAUCAGGAGCUACACGACUGGAAAGUCUUCAACACCCCCACUUCUCUCAGAUGAUGAUGGACUGUAUCUUUCAAUCUUGCAACCAUCUGAAGUGUUGCGAUUGGAAUACACUCCAAUCAAUCCAGAGGAGUCCACAAAAAACCCUCUAACACAAAGGGGGGAAUCCGUGAAGAAGAAGUUCUGGAAGAAAUUCUUGAGGAAGAAGAACCUAUUGUUGCAUGCUCAACAGUUCCCUUUCAAGAUUCGGCGUGCAAUACUGGAGGAGGAGAAACUAAAAGGAGAAACAACACUCGACCUACCCGAUGGUGAUGCCAUUUGCAGCAAGAAGAAUAAGAAUGGCCUUCCAUGCCCUCUAUUGAUCUACAGCAUACUGAAGGACCAGGGAUUUGAAAAAGAAGAAAAUGAAGAAGAAGAGACCAUUCCACCCUUGCUGCAAGUUGAUGCAAGACACUUUGAAGGAAGCCAUUUCAAUGACAUGGCUGCUGCUGGAGCAUCCUUAGCAACGACAUCAAAUCCAGCCUCAGUAGAUUACCAGCUCAGCUUUCUUGAAAAGGAGAUCAAAUCCCUUCAAAUAAAUGCAAAUUAUCAUCAUGAAAUUGCUCAAGGAUCAACUGAAAGGAUGAAUGUGCUCAUUCAGAUUGCACAUACCCUGAGGCAAACAAGGAAUGCACAGAGUAAGGGGGAGAGUCUGGCUAAGCAAAAGGCAGUUGCUGCACACUCAUGCACAGAUGAAGAUUUUCUAGAAGACAGUGCAGGGGAGACUUCUUCAUCAGAAUCAGCAGGGGCUUCACAGGAGUCAUCAGAUGGUGCCAGUUCAGACGAGUAAACAUUGCCUUACUCAUGAAAUUGUUACUUUAAAACACUUUUUGUGGAAGGGUUGUUCUGCCCUGUUUUUUUUUUAUGCUGAAGACAUUGCAUGGUUUUUGUGAUAAAACAUAUCUGUGACCUGUGGAGAGAUGGUUUUAUGAUCUAUGUUCUCUAUGAAGCUCUGGUUAUGACUUAUUUUGAUACUGAUUUGACCUGCUUGCAUUUUGAAGCAACGACAGCACAAGAGCCUACCCUCUCUCAUGGGUAUUUGGCUCUUUCUGGGGUGACUG